CUGUCCCGUAAGUGACGAAAGCAUAGACAGGCGUGUGUGAGUGAGGGUGGCAGAGACAGGUGUAGCAGGUAUAAGUUCCAAGUUCAGAAAUAGAAAUUGAUCUUUCAUCUCAUCUCUUCUCAGGAAUCAGACUACACAGAAAACAAGCAAGAAAUUAAGAAUGAAUGAAUCUUUAGCUCUUGAUGGUGUGGGCAGCCUCAGCAUGGAGAACAGCCGCCUUCGCAGCAUCACUCAGCGGUGGGACUCAGGUGUCCUCGCCGGUGACAGAGCCCUCUUUGGGAACAAUGCGGCUCUUGGUGUUCUCCUGGGUGGCCUGUUCUUUGGUGUCCUUGAAUUAAUUCUCUUCAUAUUUGCUAUGUUCUGCAAAAAAAUCAACACCCGACACCUCACAGUGUUCAAGGUGUCUUUGAUCUUUACCGGCCUCCUCCAAUCACUGUCCACACCCGUGGUGGCGAUGGAGCUGGUGGGUUCCACAUGCUCUUUGAAAUAUUGUUAUAAACUGUUGGUUGUGUGGUUCGCGUCCAGACGAUGCGGAGUGCUUCUCCACCUCUUGGUGGCGCUGGAGUUCAUCCUGAUCUGGAAGCAGUCGCGUGAGGAAACUCAAAUUCUGCCGCUCCAUUGGUCCCUGUCUGUCGUCCUCACGUUGGAUCUCAUCUGCAUACUUUUCUUUGAGGUUACCGAAGCUGCUGUGGCUUUGGGUGCUGUGGCCAUGACUCUGACUUUGGUUAUAAUUGUUCAAGCCUUCUGCUCCUUAAGAAGUAUGGACAUGCGCUCAGGCCAAGUUAUUAAGGUAGCCUUUGUCUCCUUUGGUGCAACUUACUGUCCUAGUUUUGUGUAUGAUUGCAUGAUCAUUAAUAAUGAUCCCAUUUCUGGACAGCUCUAUGACAUUUUCAUGUGUUUGACAAACCUACGUCUGGUAGCAGAUGGAUAUCUGUGCUGGGUGACCUGGAGGGAAGAAGAAGAAGAAGAAGCUCCACAGCAGAUGGAGGCUGGGCAGGUGAACCUUGAACCUAUCACACAGGCUCGAUUCUAACAUGGGUGAAGUUUCUACAUCAGGACAGUCCACACAUGCGACUGAAAUACAGAAAUGCAUGCUAGUUUAACUUUCCUGUGGUAGCAACUGUCCUUUGCAGCAAACCAACCCCCUCUAGUUCUUUAUUUUGCUGUAAAGAAUGACCGGUAAGAUACUGUAUACUUCUGAAGAGUAAGAAAAGUAUGCUUGCUUUACAUCAGUUUCUGACAAUGAUGAUUCUGAUAUGAAAUAAACAGUUAGAGGCAAACAGUUUAUAAUCAUAUGUUAUACGAUUCUCAAUUUAUCAUUAUUUCAUACAGUAGUAACAAGGCUGCUAUUGUAUACUGUUUUCCUGUUAAUCAUGUGCUUUUAUCACUUCAAAGACUGCAUUUGUUGUAAAACUCUUUUUUGCUCACUGCACCUGUGGUCUUCACGGGUCUAAAACUGAGACCUGAACCCAGCCGACCUAGCUCAACCCGACUUGCACCUCCAAAUUUGACACACAAACCUGACCUGAAACCUGAAACUUGACACAGCAAAACUGAACUUGACAGGUCCUGAGAAAGUACCAGGUUUUGGGUCAGGUUUGGGCCUUUUUUAGCAGGUAGCAGAAGGAUGGGUUUUGAACAAUUGAUAGAAUUUAUUGAUUAAUUGAUCACCAAAAACUACUCUACAACAAUUUUCAUAAAGGUUUAAUUGUCAUUUAUCAAGAAAGAAAUGUGAGGAUUUGCUGCUUUUCUCAGUUUUAUUUCAUAAUGAAUUAAGUAUCUUUGGGUUUUAGAUGGUUGGAAAAAAGCAAUUUGAGUGUCACUGUGGGUUCUACGUAAGGUUGAAUGUUUUCCUGUGUUUGUAAAAUGAUUUAUUUCACAAUAAGUGAACUGUGAUUUUAAAAAACUAGGAUAAUAAAUUAUAAAAUGGUGUUUAUUCCCA